UUUACAUUGACUUCGGUGAGUUAGAUUUGAGUUAAACUUUUAAUCAAAUAACUUGAAAUUAUCAUAGUAAUGGAUAAAUCUGAGCUGGAGCUGGACAAAAUCUGCCGACUGUGCUUGCAGGGCCUUCAAGUUGGUUCUCUAGUAAAUUUAUUCGCGGCAAACUUCUCAAUCCGCCCUUCCGACAUGAUUAUCCGAUGUGCAUCGGUGCAGAUCUACGAAAAGGACGGCCUUCCAAGUGCUAUCUGCAACGAUUGCUUCUACAAACUCGGUAUGGCAUUUGAGUUUCGUAACCGAUGCGAAGCAUCCGAUCAGAAACUGCGAGCAUUAGUGCACGGUUCUGUCGUGAAUGGAAAUGAGCAACCGGUAGUGGAAACCGAUGAUAUUUACGAAGCUAUGAAUGCUAUAUUUGGACCGGAGAGCACCGAUGAAGCUAAAACGGACAUUUUCGGUACCUCAGUGACCGAAACUGAUUCUCCUGAAGUCAGCAGUAAAACUAAAAACGUGAAGAAGACAUACCCCGUAAAGAAACGAGCGCAACUGGAUGAACUUCUAGCAAAACAUAAAGCAAAGAUUAAGGUUGAAGGGAGAAAAAUUAGUAAUAUUUUCAAAAAAAGGAAGGUCAGCAAGAGAACGUCCAAAAAAGGUACACAACUCAAAGAGCCAGAGCGUUGUACUACUUGUGGCAAGAGCUUUAAUUAUAGCGGAUAUCUGCAAGCGCACCAAAGAAUUCAUACCGGAGAGAAACCUUUCCAGUGCCAGAUUUGUCAUCGCAAAUUUACCCAAUCCGGUAAUCUUCAAUUGCAUCUUAAAAUCCAUAGUGACGAACGGAAAUUUCAGUGCGAAAUCUGCAGUAAAUUAUUCAGGACAUCCAGUAAUUUACACGCACACCGGAGAACACACUCGGAUAAAAGAACUUUUUCGUGCACUAUCUGUGAACGAAGCUUCAGGACACCGAAAGAUUUGAGGAAUCACAUCGAUACACACAGUGCAGUUAAAAGCUACGUUUGUCGAUUGUGUCCCGAUAAAUCGUUUCAUAAGCAGUCAUAUUUGAAUAGUCACGUAAAAACGGUACACAUAGGAGUCAAGCGGCACCGGUGCCAGGAUUGCGGAAAAAUAUUCUCCAACAGUUCCAAUCUGAUUGCUCACCGACGAGUUCACAGUGGCGAUCGUCCGUACGCUUGUGAGGAAUGUGACGCAAAAUUUACACAAUCUCCAACCUUGCAACGGCACAUUAAAGCAAAGCAUAGACCCAAACCGGCAGAACCUUCGCCGAUUCCCCCGGAGAGCAUUCCUGACACAUUCGAGCCUGCUAUUGACAUCGAUGAAAACCGAUCGCUGGAAAGUGCCGCAAGCUCGGAGCUGUCAGUGGCAACUUCGCUUAUCGAUGACAACCCUACAGCCUACAGUGUGCCAUAUAUAACGAACUACCUGCCGACUCACCAUCAGCCGACACCGCAGAUGCUUUCAAACCAUCAUUCAGCAACCGCGGUCACCGCCAGCGUGCCAUUACAAAUGGCGACGCCAAUUGGUGGAAACAUGUACUCGGCAGAACCGUAUCAUCAGUUUGCUACCGCUACAAACGCUACCUCGCUACCGACCCACCACUAUCAGCAUCAUCAGCAACACUUGGACAUGGGAAGCUACGAUAUGUGCUACUCGAUGCCCACUCAUUCCGUGUUGAAUACAAGCCUAAUUAAUCCACAACCGACUUACAUUUUUGAUCAAUAAAAUAAAAAAUCGAUCUCA